UAGCCCUGCCCGAGCCCGCCGGCUCCGGCCGCAGCAGGUGCAGCCAGGGGCAGAGGGGCUUGCCGGGGUCGCCCACCCGCCCGGAGGGAGCCCUGCAGAGCAGCAUCUCCCGCAGUCUCCGAGAGGAGGGGGUUUCAGCGCGUAGGCGGAGGUGGUUACUGGUGUUCCCAGAGCAAGGCUUUUUAUGUAGGGUGACCAGAACCGGCUGGAACUGGUUUGAGGCAGAUCAGCUCCUGAACACAAUGCAGUCACUGAGCUACUACACUGGGAUAGCUUCCUCCCUUCAUGGCAGCCAAAAGCAGAGGAGCUUGCAGAAAGAUACCAUCCCAAAACAGUAUGUGAAUGCACACUUUAGACACACAGCACUGGCCUAUUGAUUGGGGCUGCCUUUAACCCUUUGGUGUUUGCAGAGGUAAUGCGGCUGUGGCAGUAACUGAGCGCUGGCUAAAAAAAAUCUCUCAAAGGUCAAGGUUCACAAGUCCUGGCUGUGUUAGCUGGUUUGGUAAUCUACAAUCAAGAUAAUAUGGAGGCAGAACAUUGGAAAUACUCUGUUGUGGUGUGAAAUGAGGGUUCUUUCCUCUGUGCUCAGCAGAAUAAGUCCUAAAAGCCUUGAGAGGUUGUGGAUACCGGAUUUUCUUACAAUCAAAUACAUGGCCAUGGGGGAUAUGAAGACCCCAGAUUUUGAUGACCUUCUUGCAGCCUUUGACAUACCAGACAUGGUAGAUCCCAAAGCAGCUAUUGAAUCUGGACAUGAUGACCACGAAAGCCACAUAAAACAGAAUACUCACGCAGAUGAAGACUCCCAUGUCCCAUCAUCAUCUGAUGUUGGGGUGAGCGUCAUCGUGAAAAAUGUGCGCACUAUUGAUUCUUCCGAAGGUCUGGAUAAGGAUGGCCACCAUUCCACAGGCAAUAGCUUGCACAAUGGCUUCCUAACAUCAGCAGCUCUUGAGAGUUACAGCAAAGAUGAAGGGAAAUCACUUAAAGAUGAUGGGUCAGCUUCUGAGACUACACUGAAGGAUUCAGCUUUCAACCAGUUCAGCCCAAUAUCAAGUGCAGAAGAAUUUGAUGAUGAUGAGAGAAUUGAAGUAGAUGACCCACCAGAUAAAGAGGAGAUGCGUGCAAAUUUCAGAGCAAAUGUCUUGGCAGGAUCUCUAUCUCAGCAGGAAUAUGACAAACUAAAGGCACUUGGAGGGGAGAACUUAAUUAAAUCUGGAAUCACUGUUUCCAGUAGCAUAGAUAAAAAUAAAACUGCUAAACGAGAGACAGAUACAAACUCCAUGAAUUUAGGUGUCUAUGAGCCUUUUAAAACUCGAAAAGCAGAGGACAAGUUACUAAAAGACAAUUCUGAGAAGCUUCUUGAGAACAGGGUACUUGAUGGAAAACUGAGUACUGAAAAAUGUGAUGCAAAUCUUGCCAGCAUUUCCCAGUCCAAAGCGAAGUCAUCAGCAAAGCUUUCAUCCUGCAUUGCUGCAAUCGCAGCACUGAGUGCUAAAAAGGCAGCUACAGAUAGCAGUAAAGAUUUACAGUCUAAUUCAGGAGAGCCUUCUCCAUUACCAAAAGACAUGAGUGAAAGUCCCCGGGCUAUUGAAAAAUCUCCUGAGUCUCAGAGUCUCAUUGAUGGUGCUAAGAAGCUGUCUGUCAAACCGCCCGAUAGUCCCAGAAGCGUCUCAAGUGAGAACAGUAGCAAAGGGUCUCCAUCUUCUCCCGCAGGGUCGACACCAGCAAUUCCUAAGGUUCGCAUAAAAACCAUCAAGACUUCUUCUGGGGAGAUCAAGAGAACUGUUACUAGAGUUUUGCCAGAAGUUGAUUUGGACCCUGGUAAAAAACCAGAACAGAGUGCUUCCAUGGUAACCUCCAUGACAUCUCUCCUGUCCUCACCAACUUCAGCUGCUGUUCUCUCCUCUCCUCCCAGAGCUCCUCUGCAGUCCUCAGUUGUCAGCAAUGCAGUUGGAUCUGCAGAACUUGCUCCCAAGCAGGUCACUAUCAAACCCGUGGCUACUGCCUUCCUGCCUGUUUCGGCGGUGAAAACAGCAGGUUCCCAAGUGAUCAAUCUGAAGCUGGCUAACAACACCACAGUGAAAGCCACUGUCAUCUCUGCUGCGUCCGUGCAGAGCGCCAGCAGUGCCAUUAUCAAAGCUGCCAAUGCCAUCCAGCAGCAGACAGUUGUGGUGCCAGCAUCGAGCCUUGCCAGUGCCAAACUUGUGCCAAAGACAGUCCAUCUUGCCAACCUUAACCUUUUGCCUCAGGGUGCUCAAACCACCUCUGAACUGCGCCAAGUGCUAACAAAACCCCAGCAGCAAAUCAAGCAGGCAAUAAUUACUGCAGCUGCCUCCCAGCCUUCAAAAAAAGUGUCUCGAGUGCAGGUGGUGUCAUCUCUACAGAGCUCUGUAGUGGAAGCAUUCAAUAAGGUGCUGAGCAGUGUCAAUCCCGUACCAGUUUACAUCCCAAACCUUAGCCCCCCUGCCAAUGCCGGAAUCACGCUACCAACACGAGGUUACAAGUGUUUAGAGUGUGGUGACUCAUUUGCUCUCGAGAAGAGCCUGACCCAGCAUUAUGACAGGAGGAGUGUGCGAAUUGAAGUGACUUGUAAUCAUUGUACAAAGAAUUUAGUUUUCUACAAUAAAUGUAGUCUCCUGUCCCACGCUCGUGGGCACAAGGAGAAAGGCGUCGUGAUGCAGUGUUCCCACCUGAUCCUAAAACCAGUCCCAGCAGAUCAAAUGAUAGCAUCUCCUUCCAGCAAUACCGCUGCGGCCGUGCUCCAGAGCCCAGGGGGAGCUGGCACGCACUCCGUAACAAAGAUCCAGACUGGCUUAACUGGGACAGUGAUCUCGGCCCCUGCGAGCUCUCCUGUCAUUCCAGCAAUGCCGCUAGAUGAAGAUCCAUCGAAACUCUGUAGACAUAGUCUAAAGUGUUUGGAGUGCAAUGAAGUUUUCCAAGAUGAGACAUCUCUUGCAACUCAUUUCCAGCAGGCCGCAGACACAAGUGGACAAAAGACAUGCAAUAUCUGCCAGAUGCUGCUUCCUAACCAGUGCAGUUUUGCAUCACACCAGAGAAUUCAUCAGCAUAAAUCUCCAUACACGUGUCCUGAAUGUGGAGCAAUCUGCAGAUCUGUCCACUUCCAGACCCAUGUCACUAAGAACUGCCUGCAUUAUACCCGAAGAGUUGGGUUUCGCUGCGUGCACUGCAAUGUUGUGUACUCUGACGUGGCGGCACUCAAGUCUCAUAUUCAAGGUUGUCACUGUGAAGUCUUUUACAAGUGUCCUAUCUGUCCCAUGGCAUUUAAAUCUGCUCCCAGCACGCACUCCCAUGCCUACACACAACACCCGGGUAUCAAGAUAGGCGAACCAAAAAUAAUAUAUAAAUGCUCUAUGUGUGACACUGUGUUUACUCUACAACCUUUGCUCUAUCGCCACUUUGAUCAGCACAUUGAAAACCAGAAGGUGUCUGUUUUCAAGUGUCCAGACUGUUCUCUUCUAUAUGCACAGAAACAGCUUAUGAUGGAUCAUAUCAAGUCUAUGCAUGGAACUUUGAAAAGUGUUGAGGGGCCACCAAACCUGGGGAUAAAUCUGCCUCUCAGUACUAAACCAACAACUCAAAACUCAGCCAGUCACAACAAGGAGGACACAAAAUCUGUCAACGGAACAGAAAAGUUGGAGAAGAAGACUCCUUCUCCCAUAAAGAAAGCAGAACCUAAAAAAGUCGCUAGUCCUGGAUGGACAUGUUGGGAGUGUGACAGGCUCUUCACUCAGAGAGAUGUUUACAUCUCCCACAUGAGAAAAGAACAUGGAAAGCAAAUGAAGAAACAUCCUUGUCGGCAGUGUGACAAAUCUUUCAGUUCAUCCCACAGUUUAUGUCGGCACAAUCGUAUCAAGCACAAAGGCAUUAGGAAGGUUUAUACGUGCUCGCACUGCCCAGAUUCAAGACGUACUUUUACCAAGAGAUUGAUGUUGGAAAAACAUAUUCAGUUGAUGCACGGAAUUAAAGACCCUGAUGUGAAAGAAAUGACUGAAUCUACCAAUGUGGAAGAAAGGGAAGUAAAAGAAGACACAAAGGUUCCUAGUCCAAAGCGUAAAUUGGAAGAACCUGUGAUGGAGUUCAGGCCUCCACGAGGUGCAAUCACUCAGCCAUUAAAGAAGCUGAAGAUAAAUGUUUUUAAAGUUCAUAAGUGUGCAGUUUGUGGCUUUACAACAGAAAAUCUUCUCCAGUUUCAUGAACAUAUUCCUCAGCAUAAAUCCGAUGGCUCUUCAUACCAAUGCAGGGAAUGUGGACUUUGCUACACAUCUCACGUGUCCCUUUCCAGACACCUCUUCAUCGUACAUAAGCUGAAGGAGCCUCAGCCAGUAUCAAAACAGAAUGGGUCUGGGGAGGAUAAUCAGCAAGAAAACAAACCCAAUCAUGAGGAUGACUUGUCUGACAGUGCGGCAUCGGACAGAAGAUGCAAAGUGUGCGCAAAGACUUUUGAAACUGAAGCGGCCUUAAACACUCACAUGAGAACACAUGGCAUGGCCUUCAUCAAGUCCAAAAGAAUGAGUUCAGCUGACAAGUGAUCAGAUUGUUUGGGAUGCAGAAAUCUCGCUCCACAUUGGAAUACUAAUGACAUUUUUGCUACAGAAAGUUCAAGGUAUAAUAGUGUUAACAGUACUGUUCAGGCUGUUGCAAUAUAUUCUGCAUAAAAGUGUCCCCUUCACCUCAUUGUCUAUACCCUCAGAACCUUUGAAGCAGUAUUUGAGUUUAAAAGAGUUUGUAUAUAUUUAAACUAAUAAUUUUUAUACUCUUUUGUUAUGUGUUUGUAUCAGUAUCUAGUGGAAAAAGUGGGUUUUUUUCUGUUUUGUUUCUGUUCUUUUGUAGUAAAUUUCUUUAAAACAGAGUUCUAAAUGCUUGGGCAGUUCCUUAGGGUCUCCUAAACUAUUUGGUUUUUGAACGCUUCUGAAAGAAAGUUCAGCUAAUGGAAGUGCAUAGGAGGAGGUGCUAGGAGAGGAGAGGAGAGAGGAAGCAAGCUAAGGGGAGAUUUUAAAUUCUGAAGAACUUAGGCUUCCAAAUGUCUAAGGAAGCUUUUAAACUUUUACUUACAAAAUAUAUUAUAUAUAAAAAAAAAUAAAAGUACCACUGCAUGUGUAAAAUGAAAUGCUGGUUUUUAGGUGGCAACACCAGAAUAGGUGCAGAACCCCUGGGGUGGUAAAGUACUUUUGAAGAGUAUAAAUGCACAACUCUGAGAAUCAUGAAGCGAUUUUUUUAGGUCAUACGGUGCUUGUGAUCAAAGCUCAAAUUGUUGCAAAAGGGCUGGGCUGCUCUGAAUUUAAGAAAUAAGAUGUAAUUAGAGGAAUAUGUUUAUAAUGAUCAUUUUUUUUUUUGUCAUGUAAUUUAUUAAA